CCAGGCACUAGUACGCAUCUCAUGAGAAAUUAUUCAUUUUCCUCACAAGAGAUGGAUUUGACUACAAUUGCUUUGCUAUGUUUCAUUAUGUAUUUUCUACCAAUAAUUCUUCCUAGACACAGCCGAUUAAGGUUUUAUUCUUGUUAUACUAGUUAUGUAACUGUAACAUUGACAACUUGUCUUAUUCUUUAUCCACUACAAAUUCUACUACCUUCCAAAGCUUAUAGAAUUCCAGAAACUGUGGCAGAACUAUUUUCUAAAGUAUUGGGUAUAGAAUGGGAGAUAAGAAACCAAAGUAUUCUGGAAAAAUACAAAAAUACAGUAAUUGUAAUUAACCAUCAAUCCAUGUUCGAUUUUUUAGGAUCUAUAAUGGUAUUUAGACCUAUAAUCAAAUAUAUUCCAGCUGUGAAAAAAGAAAUUCAAUAUGUUUUUCCACUUGGACAAACUAUGAAGUUGUUCAAUGUGGCAUUUAUUGACAGAAAAAAUAACCCACACUUAGCUAAGGCUUUACUAAAAGAAAAAUUUAUGGACAAAGAAAAAAAUCUAAUAAUAUACCCUGAAGGAACUCGUAAUCACUAUGGUGAACCAUUCUUACCAUUUAAGAAAGGAGCUUUUAGAAUUGCUGUAGAAUUUAAGAGACCAAUAAUACCAGUUGUCAUAUCACCAUAUUACUUCAUAAAACCAGGAAAAUUUACUGGAGGAAAAAUUAUAAUUUCAUUGUUGGAACCUAUAGACACAGUGGGCCUAAAUGAAACAGAUAUAAAUGACUUGACAGAAAGGACAAGAGAACUCAUGGAAAAAGAAUAUAUAAAACUUAAAAAAGAAGUGAUGUUAAACUCAGAAGAUGACAGAACAAGAUAAAUGAUAUAUUUUAUUUUUAAUUUAAUUUUAACUUUUCUGGAAGAAGAAACAAGAAUUUCAAACAUUCUUUAAGUUGAAAUG